AUGACUGGGAUCGAAGCUCAAGUUCAUCCGCCCCCAGAUAGUACACUAUUUCAUGAGGAAGAGAAAAAGAAAGUUGGAGGGAAUUUACCUCAAAAGGUCAUCAACCAACAGGAAAGAGGAUCCGAUCACUCUUCUUCUGGCCAUCACCAAUACCACGAACUGAUUAAUCAUGAUACGGGUGAUAAAAAGACUUCAGGUUCGAUUCGUGAUGCGUCUAAGGGCCAAGUAGGUUCAAAUUCCGGCUUGGGAGGAAAGCAACAGUCACCAAAGGACAUAUUCAUUGCGUCCAGCGCUCAAAACACAAGCCAAUUGCCCGGUCCCAACCCUCAGGGAAGCGUAGGUACCGUACCAUUGGAGGAUUUACAUCCUAAAGAGUUUAGAUCAGCGCCUUCUAGAAAAUCGAACAAAUUUGACACUUCAAUUACUAAGCCUGGCAUUUUAGACAACUUGGGUAAGCUUGAUGAAAAGGAAAUCAAAGGAAAGCUACAUCCAGAUUCCGAUGAUAAGUUAUUUCCAUGGCAAAAUGUUGGUGAGUUCCAUGCUUCAGGAAAGGGAUCACCAAAUACAAAGAUGUCCAAAGUUAUAAAAGCUUAUAUUCUGGAAAACUUUUAUAACGAUUGGUACUGUAAUAUUGCCACUGUCCUUGGUACCUGUUUCUUCUCAUGGUUAUUUGCUUACAUUGGAUUUUCUUGGUGGUCUCUGAUAUUCAUCUUCUUGGGAACUGCCACCGUUUACAAUGCAGAAUAUACAAGAUUUAACAGAAAUAUCAGAGAUGACUUGAAAAGGGUUACAGUCGAAGAAACCUUGUCGAAUCGUGUCGAAUCUACCACAUGGUUGAAUUCAUUUUUAUCGAAAUUUUGGGUCAUCUAUAUGCCAGUUUUAUCUCAACAAGUUAAAGAUAACGUUAACCCUCAACUGGCAGGUGUUGCACCCGGCUACGGUAUCGACGCGUUAGCUAUCGAUGAAUUUACUCUAGGUUCCAAGGCUCCAACCAUCAAAGGUAUAAAGUCAUACACCAAAACGGGUAAGAACACUGUUGAAAUGGAUUGGUCGUUUGCAUUCACCCCAAGCGAUGUCUCGGAUAUGACAGCUACUGAAGCUAGGGAAAAAAUCAAUCCAAAAAUCUCUCUUGGUGUCACGUUAGGGAAAAGUUUUGUAUCCAAAACAAUGCCUAUAUUGGUGGAAGAUAUCAACGUUGCUGGUAAAAUGCGAAUUAAGGUUGAGUUUGGUAAAGCUUUUCCUAACAUCAAAAUCGUUUCUCUGCAACUUUUGGAACCACCUUUAAUCGAUUUUGCAUUGAAACCAAUUGGUGGUGAUACUUUGGGUCUUGAUGUCAUGUCAUUCUUGCCAGGUUUAAAAAGUUUUGUCAAGAACAUCAUAAACUCUAAUAUAGGGCCUAUGCUGUUCCCUCCAAACCAUUUGGAUAUCAAUGUUGAAGAUAUCAUGGCUGCUCAGUCUAAAGAAGCUAUUGGUGUUCUUGCUGUUACCAUUGCUUCCGCUGACUCUUUGAAAGGCUCAGAUUUCAUUACCAAUACGGUUGAUCCUUAUAUUGUUAUGACUACCGAAGACGCUGUUCCUGGUACUGAUGAAGAAGUACGUACAUCAAUCAAAUCAAAUGUUAAAAAUCCUCGUUGGAAUGAAACCAAAUAUCUACUAUUAAAUUCCUUGGAACAGAAGUUAAACUUGAAGUGUUUUGACUUCAAUGAUGUUAGAAAAGAUACUGUUAUUGGUGACCUUCAAAUUGAUUUAGCAGACUUACUGCAAAACCCUGUUCUGGAAAACCAAACUGCCGAUUUGAGAUCGGGUACAAAGCCAAAAGGUAUUCUGCACUAUUCCCUACAUUGGUUUCCUGUCAAAGAAGACAAGUCAGACGAAAAAGCUAAGGGCGGAAACGAAAACGAAAAUGAAGAUGCAAUUGGGGAAGAAGAAGACGAGGAUGAAGGUAGUUCUCAAACUGAUGUCGGGAUUGCAAAGAUAACUUUGCAAAAGGUCAAAUAUUUGGAUACAGCCAGUUCUAUGACUGGUAGUUUAAGCCCAUGCGCUGAAUUAUUCAUAGAUGGACAAAAAGUAAAAAGCUAUAGAACUUUGAGACGUAUCAACGAGCCAUCUUGGAAUGAAACUAUUGAGGUUUUGGUUCCAUCAAAGUCCAACUCCAAAUUUGUCUUGAAAAUAUUUGAUGACAGAAUAAAUGGCAAGGAAUUAAUCUGUGAAUAUUCAUCUUCUUUAGAUGAUAUUAUGAAUACUCUAGAUGCUACUCUAGAAUUUGUGAAAGGCUCGCCACAAGGUGACAUUUAUUUGGAUGUUUCUUGGAAAUCUAUUGAAAUGACAGGCGCAUUUGCUGUCGCAAACUCUGUAAGUGAACCUAUUGGUUGUAUUAAGCUGGAUGUCAAAGACGCCAUCAUCAAGGGUGACCUAUCCGGUGUAGGUGAUGUCGAUCCAUAUUACACUAUAUCUUUGAAUAGACGUGUUCUUUACAAAUCCAUAUACCAUUCUGAUACCGAUCAUCCUAUUUUCGAUAACAGCACAUAUGUUCCUAUUUUUUCUCCAAAUCAGACUUUGUCUGUAGAAUUUCAUGAUUAUCAGAAAAUUGGCAAAGAUCGUUUCAUUGGCUCUGUGCAAAUUCCUUUAUCUGACGUUUUUAAGAAAGAUUCUACAUCAGGGAAAUUUGUUGGGAUUAAUGAUAAGAAAGAAGUAUCAAAACUAAAAUUAAAGGACCAUAAACACAAUGUUACAGAAAGUAUUGUCAACAUAUCUACAACGUUCAUCCCAAUAACUCUAGUAUAUUCACCUGAAGAAUUGGUGAAUGUUCAGAAACUAGAAAAGGAUUUAGAGGACAAAAAGAAAAAAUUCGAAGCUACUCAAAUCAAGAACAAGCAAGAGAUGGAAACGGAUCCAAAAGAGUGGGAAGUUGUUGAAAUCAAAGACCCCUUUGAAAGUGAUGAAAUGAACAUCAACAAGAAGGCCAAGUUAUCCUUGGACGAAUUGAUAAAGCAGAAAUCCGGUAUAUUGUCUAUGCAAAUAUUGGAGGGGACUUUGAGCCCAUCUUCUGCUUACUUGGAAAUUUUAGCAGAUGAUAUUUCAUAUCCUGUUUUCACUUGUAUGAAAUCAUCUCAAGGUAAGUUAAACUCAGAGACGGCAAGUAUUUUCAUCAGAGAUUUAAACUACAGUAAACUACAUUUGAGAGUUUCUAAAAAACAUAUUGCCAAAGAUUCUGAUGAUGUUAUAUCGGAAACUUCUUAUAGUACUUCGAAGUUAUUAAAACAGGCCUACCAAGAGCCUACAUGGUUAAAUUUCAAUGGCUCUAAAAUGAAGGUUAGGUUUUUGUACGCACCUUCUAGUGUGAAACUUCCUAACAGUGAAAGUGUCAAAGAUACCGGUUAUUUGAAUUUGAAGGUGAUUUCUGGGCAUGGGUUGAAGGCUGCAGAUAGAAAUGGUUAUUCAGAUCCAUUUAUUAACAUUUAUGUCAAUAAUAAGAAAGUAUUUAAAUCAGCCAUUAAGAAGAAAACGCUAGAUCCAGUUUGGAACGAAGAUGCCAGAAUUCCUAUUUUUUCAAGAAGUAAAAAUCAUGUCGUAUUUAACGUUUUGGACUGGGAUCGCGCAGGUGAUAAUGAUGACUUGGGACAAGCUACAUUAGAUACGUCUGCAUUGGAAGUUGGUAAAACUUACAACUGGAAUCUCGAUUUAAACACUCAAGGUAGUAUUAAAUUGCAAGGCUCAUUCAGCCCGGAAUAUAUUAAACCAAGUUUUGAUAUUGUGAAAGGUGGUAUCACUGACAAACCAAUGAAGAUGGCCAGCGGUGCUGCCCUUGCAACUGUUGGUAUAGCGGGUACUGGUAUAGGAGCAGCAACAGGAGUUGCCACAGGUGGCUUAAAGAAAGGUGGCCAUCUCCUAAAAUCUUUAGGAGGCAACCCAAUGAAAAGAAGCAAGAGCAGUAAUGGAAAUGAAACCAAUGGUGCAAAGAAAUCAUCGGAAAAAAAAUCUUUUGAUAGGAAACCUCAAAGUAACCUCAACAGUACUAGUGCAACACCUAGAGCGUCAUUGGACUACGACCCAUCAGUGCCUAAUACAAGUUACGCGCCUGUUCAAAACGGUUCCCCCGCAGUUAAGCAGGCUGAUAGCAAUUCAAACUCAAGUAACAAAAAAGAUACCCCUAGUAGCAAUUCAAGAGGUCAUUCUCGUGCAAGUAGUUUUGCCCGUACUUUGGCUCCUAAUGGAACUUACAAUGGUUUCAUUACCGUGGUUGCUGCGGAAAACAUUGCCAAGCACGUCCAAAUCAAGGUUUCCUUGACUCAAGGUGGUAGGCUAAAGCACAUAUACAAGACAAAAAGUCAGAAGGCCAAUAAUGACGGCGUUGCCCUAUUUGAUGAGGAAUGCUCUUUCAAGGCAUCCCCUGAGGCCAAUUUGGUACUGGGCGCAAUUUCUCACCAACGAUUAUCAAGGGAUAAAGAUUUAGGUAUUGUUCAAAUCAACCUGGGCGACCCGCAAAUCCAACAAGAUGGUCAAAUUUCUGUGAAAUUAGGCGAUGGCCAUCUGAUUGUGAAGAUUAAUUAUGGUAAAGACAAAAAUAGUCAGGUACCUCCUGUGCCAGAACUUCCUCAAGAAUACGCUCAGUAA